AUGACUCGUGCUGGGGGAGCGAGACGGUUGCACCAUCAGAAGAUGCAUGCAAAGCACUAUGGCUUUGAAUCAAUGCAUGUGGAGACGGUUCUUGUUCUCUUCAUUACCUUGGGUGUUGCCCAGGUUGUGCUUGUUCAGUGGGAGCAAAGACACUGUUGAUCGUGCAAUUUUGUCGUGCUGCUGCAGAUGUGAGUCUUUCUUCUUUAUUUCACCAUCAGACUUUACUGCUGGUGAUCCCUGUCCACGUGGGGAAUGCUCUCAGUUAUUACCAGUUAUAUCAAUUUCAGAGCAGCUUGAAAACCUCUCUUGGGAAGAAUACCUAGGCUGGUCUACAAAUGGUUCCUCCUGAUCUAUAAACCUAUUUAUGCAAUUGGAAUUGUAGGCUAUCUAGCUGUAAUGUUUGCUAUGUUUGAAUUUAAUUUAUUCUUUGGAAUUAAGUCUGAUGACUCCAUGGAUUUUGGUAUAGUGCUGCUUUUUUACAGACUGUAUUAUAGAGUGGUGGGAAGGUAGAUUGCAGAAAUUUGUUCUGACUACAUGGCUUCCACCACUGAACUUUACAACAUCAGUGACAUACCAACAAGAAAUUUGUCCAAUGACAUCGCACUGUGCGGGCCGAAAAUUUUUGUGGGUAUAAAGGAAGGAGUGAUCAUUGAAAAUACCUACCAGCUGGCCUGUAAUCAUGUGUAUCCUUUCCAUGCAGAUGUGGAGCCCUUCUCAAAAGAUGGCAUGUAUAUAACUUACAGCCUGACGGAAGACCCUACAUCUCAUACUUGGGGGUACCUAAGAAACAGCUCCGCAUUUUGCAUUCCAGAAACCAAAAUGAAAGGUGUUGCAUAUGUGCUGGAACAUUGUUACUAA